AGGAGCAGCGAAGUGGGCGUGGCGUUCAGCGCGCCGUGGGCGUGGCUUCCUUAUCUUUUCCUCACGCCCCUUUUUUCCCUCAGGCGUCGGUUGUUAUUUCUCCUCAGUCGGGCUGGAGCGCCCGCGGUGAAAGGAGUGCCGGCUGCCAGGUUGUGGUCUGUACCACCGAGAGGAAGACGGCACUCCUCCAGCAAGCAGCACAUCUUUGGGAAUGAUGGGGGACCGCCGAGACGUCGUCGGGGACGUGAACUCCAAUUUGAUCAUCAGCCACAGCACGGGGGACGCCCAGCUGGACAAGGCCGUCUGGCAGUGGCUCACCUGGGAUAAGAAUCCUAAAACCAAAGAGCAAAUCGAAAACCUGUUACGCAAUGGGAGGAAUAAGGAGCUGCGGGACCGUCUCUGCCGGCGCCUGACCUUUGGGACGGCGGGGCUGCGCUCUGCCAUGGGGGCCGGCUUCUGCCGCAUCAACGACCUGACCGUGAUCCAGUCCACGCAGGGGAUGUACAAAUACCUUGAGAAAUGUUUUUCAGACUUCAAGCAAAGAGGUUUUGUUGUUGGGUACGACACGCGAGGCCAGGCCACUAGCAGUUGCAGUAGUCCAAGACUGGCAAAGCUCACGGCCGCCGUCCUGCUCUCCAAGGGGAUCCCUGUCUACUUGUUCUCAAGAUACGUUCCCACACCUUUCGUGCCCUAUGCAGUUCAGCAGCUCAAAGCCGUGGCUGGCGUGAUGAUCACAGCUUCCCAUAACCGCAAGGAAGACAACGGCUACAAGGUAUACUGGGAAAAUGGCGCACAGAUCACGUCCCCACAUGACAAGGAGAUCCUGAAAUGCAUAGAGGAAUGUGUGGAGCCCUGGGACGAGUCCUGGAAUGAGAACCUGGUGGAGAGCAGUCCUCUCACUCGAGAUCCCCUCCAGCAGAUCUGCGCAAGCUACAUGGAGGAUAUCAAGAAGAUCUGCUACCACAGGGAGCUGAACGCAAAGACCAGCCUGAAAUUCGUCCACACGUCCUUUCACGGGGUCGGCCACGACUACGUGCAGUUGGCUUUCCGAGCCUUUGGCUUCCAGCCUCCCAUUCCGGUCCCUGAGCAAAAAGACCCCGACCCAGACUUCUCCACCGUAAGGUGCCCAAACCCCGAGGAAGGGGAGUCUGUGCUGGAACUGUCUUUGCGUCUCGCGGAGAAGGAAGGUGCCAAGGUGGUGGUGGCCACCGAUCCUGAUGCAGACAGGCUCGCGGUGGCAGAACUCCAGGAGAACGGCCGGUGGAAAGUCUUUACGGGCAAUGAACUGGCUGCUCUGUUUGGAUGGUGGAUGUUUACCUCUUGGAAGAAGAACCGCGCGAAAGACGCUGACGUCAAGGAUGUUUACAUGUUGGCCACCACGGUCUCCUCCAAGAUCCUGAAGGCCAUUGCCCACAAAGAAGGGUUUCAUUUUGAAGACACUCUCCCUGGCUUCAAAUGGAUUGGCAGCCGAGUGAAGGACCUCCUGGACAGCGGCAAGGAAGUCCUCUUCGCCUUUGAAGAGUCUAUUGGCUUCAUGUGUGGCACUUCCGUGCUGGACAAAGACGGCGUAAGCGCAGCCGUGGUGAUUGCGGAAAUGGCCACGUAUCUCGACACCAAGAACCAAACUCUGGCGCACCAACUCACGGAGAUAUACAAAACGUAUGGCUACCACAUUUCAAGAACCUCCUAUUUCCUCUGCUACGAUCCUACCACCAUCAAAAGGAUAUUUGAGAGGCUCCGGAACUUCGGUUCUCCUAAUUCGUACCCUUCGUCUUGUGGCGCUUACAGUAUAUUGGACGUCCGGGAUGUGACCAUCGGGUAUGACAGCAGCCAACCAAACAAGAAGUCGGUACUCCCCGUGAGCAAAAACAGCCAGAUGAUCACCUUCACCUUUCAAAACGGCUGCGUGGCCACCCUCCGGACAAGCGGGACAGAACCAAAGAUCAAAUAUUACGCAGAGAUGUGUGCGCUGCCUGAACAGAGUGACACUGCCUUCCUGGAAGAGGACUUGCAGAAACUCAUUGACGCCCUGGUUGAGGAUUUCCUGGAGCCCAGUAAGAACGGACUGAUCUGGCGCUCGCUGUAGCCCUUUUUCUUUCUUUCUUUCUUCCUUUCUUUCUCUCCUUCCUUCUUUCCUUCCUUCCUUCCUCCAUUGGCUGAGUCGAGGCCUCUCCAUGCACUGUGUCACGUGGAACAAAUGAACCAAGACAACAACUCCUGUUUGCAUUAAUUUAAUAUAUAUAUAUAAAUGUAUGUAUGUAUGUACAUGUGUGUGUGUAUGUGUUCCCAAUACUGAGUAUGUAUGUGGAAGCGGUAUUCUUUUGUCAACGGAGGACGAGACAGCUUUGGGGUUAGGCUGUUGGGGAUUCCCCCAAGUUUGCAUAAAGUGAACAGAAAUGUAUUAAGGCAAGUUUUGGAAACUUUGUCCAGAGCUGAUCCGUCUCGCCAGCCAUUGUCGCUCUUAAAAACAAACCAAGAACAAAUCCAGUAGACAUCUCCAUGGCUUCCAUCUUGCCAGGUUUCUACUUUCAGCCCUUGGCGGCCAAAAGAGACACCCGGAUAAUAAGGAUUAUCUGUGUUGGACUGACAAAACAUCCCAGUUCCUUGCUGUUGUUUUGAGUGUCGGUAUCUUUACUGUACCACUGAGUCUUAAUUUUAUUGGUGUGUUUACGAGUAGGAUUCAGUAAUUAGGGUUUUCUAGUUUUGUCCAUGUUGUUUUGUAGUAUUGGGGGAAAAUCCUUGCUAUUUAAAUCUCUUACUUUUCUGAAAGGUGCUUUUUUGUGCAUUGGAUUCUUCUUACCUUUUGCUGAUGUUUACUCGGCAGUCAGUCAAACAGGAGUGGCAAGCUGCAUAAAGUGGAGAUUUUGACUCAUCGCAAGACCAAAGCGCCUCUGUUUGGUCCCUUAAGAGCGCCUGCUGGUUGGGAUUCUGGGCAGAAAGGAAACACCUAAAAUUACAUUAAUUGAGGCAUCAGUAGGUUAAAUGCUUCUGAAUAUUUACAUAAAACAGUAAUUUAAAAUAAGACUGUCCAACUCUGACUACCGUAUAUACUCGAGUAUAAGCCGACCCAAAUAUAAGCCGGCCAGGAUCCUUGCUCAAAUAUGACAAGGGUUUUUUUUCAGCCCUAAAAAAGGGCUUAUAUGUGAGUAUAUAUGGUACAUAGAUCUGGGAAAUGGAGGUGAAAACAAAAAAGCAGGCACGCACCACAGUGUGUUCCCUCUGUCGCAAUCACCCCAUAGGCAAGUGUUGAGGCUGCUGCACGUCCGAAAAGGACAGGGCAAGGAUUCCUGGAAUCAGGAGAAGCCACGGAUCACAAUAAUUACAUAUUGUAUGUUGGUGAUGGUUUCUUUUUCAGUUUGAGAGCAAGGGCUGCAUUUGGGCAAUAUACAGUAGAGUCUCGCUUAUCCGACAUAACUUGGCAGGCAGAAUGUCGGAUAAACGAAACUGUCGGAUAACAGUGUGGGUGCUUGAUCUCCCACCUUCCCUCCCUCGCUCACUCACCAGGCCGGGUCCAGCAGCGGUGACGGCAGCACUAGGACCCGGCCUGGUGAGCAAGAGAGCAAGCGAGGGCAUUUGCCACCCUUUUUCACUCGCCCGCCCUCUGUCCCAUGCUCACUCACCCGGCUGUGCCCUGGCAGCACUGGGACCUGGCCAGGUGAGUGAGUGAGGAAGGGCCUUUGCCACUCUCCUUCACUCGCCCACCUCUGUCCCUUGCUCACUCACCCGACCGGGUCCUAGCAGCACCAGGACCCAGCCUGGUGAGCGAGCGAGCAAGGACUUUUGCUACCCUCCUUCACUCGCCCGCCCUCCAUGCCUUGCUCACUCACCGGCUGUGCCCUGGCAGCACCAGGACCUGGCCUGGUGAGCGAGUGAGCGAGGGCAUUUUCCACUCUCCUUCACUCGUCUACCCUCUGGCCCUCGCUCACUCACCCGGCUGUGCCCUGACAGCACUGGGACCCGGCCUGGUGACCGAGCAAGCGAGGGCCUUCACUCGCCCCGCCCUCCAUGCCUCGCUCACUCAUCCAGCUGUGCCCUGGCAGCACCGGGAUCCGACCUGGUGAGCGAGCGAGGACCUUGGCCACCCUCCUUCACUCGCCCGCCCUCUGUCCUUUGCUCGCUCACCCGGCUGUGCCCUGGCAGCACUUGGACCCAGCCAGAUGAGUGAGCGAGCGAGUGAGGGCCUUGGCUACCCUCCUUCACUCGCCCGCCCUCUGUCCCUUGCUCACUCACCCGGCCAUGCCUUGGCAGCACUGGGACCCGGCCUGGUGAGCGUGUGAGGGCCUUGGCUACCCUCCUUCACUUGCUCGCCCUCCGUCCCUUGCUCGCUCACCUGGCAGCACUGGGACCUGACCUAGUGAGUGAGUGAGGGCCUUUGCCACCCUCCUUCACUCGCCUGCCCUCUGUCCCUUGCUCGCUCACCCGGUCACACCCCGGCAGCACUGGGACCCGCUCUGGUGAGUGAGCGAGCAAACGAGAGCAUUUGCCACCCUCCUUCACUCGCCUGUCCUCUAUCCCUUGCUCGCUCACUUGCCUGGGUCCCGGUGCUGCCGGGACCCAGCCGGGUGAGUGAGCAAGCGAGGAAGGGAGGCGUCAGGGUGUCGGAUAAUACGGAUUGUCGGAUUAGCAGAAGUCGGAUAAGCGGGGUUCUACUGUAUACCACCCAACAGCUGCGGUUGCUAGAAGUCUCUCGUGAGUCGAAAACAAGGAAAGAAUCGAGGUGCGAUUCAGGUUUGGAGCCUUAAAGGGCGACCCAAGAACAGAGCCUGGUUUCAGUCGAUCAAAGGAAAACCUGCUUCCAAAGUGCUUUUAUUUUCAACUCCUUUUCUGACCCAAGUCCCUUUAUUCACGUGCGGAGAGUGGGUGGCUGCUUGGAGGCGAUCCGGUUUACCUUUGCCGUUUAGUACUUAUUUAUGAAUGAGUGUCAAGGGCGGGAAGGUCGCUUGCUUCUUUUGCACAAGUCUUCUGUUGUUUGGAACCUCUGAUGGGUUUUGUCCUUGAUUUACAUGAUGUAUAUGUGUAUAUUUUUAAGGGGGUGGAGUGUCCUUAUUUAAAGCUAAACGCCUUCCAGGCUGUACAUAAUUUUGAGUGAGAUCCCUUGAAUUCUAAUGUCCUUUUCCCCUUCCUAUAUAUUAGAAAGAACUCCAGUAGAGUAAGUUUGCAUGGGAAAACUUUGGCCUUCCCUCCAGAUGUUUUGGACUCCAACUCCCACCAUUCCUCACAGCCUCAGGCCCUUUCCUUUUCACCCUCGGCCGCUUAAGCGGCCGAGGGUGAAAAGGAAAGGGCCUGAGGCUGUGAGGAAUGGUGGGAGUUGGAGUCCAAAACACAAAAAGCUGUGUGUUUGAUGGGAAGGGAGAAGCUUGGAAAUGUCCCUUUGUUUUGGACUGUUGCUCCCAUAACUCUGUUUUCCAUGUAAUGGAAUUGAAUAGUUGAAAUAUUAUUAAGAGCUCCACUUUUUUUAAUUUAUUCUGGAGCAAGGCCUUGAUAUCUGGUUGGGCAAAUUGCAGAAUCUGAAUCCAUAUUCUUGGGCCAAAAUUCUCUUCCGCUCCCAAAGAGAUGGAGGGUGUUAUUCACUAUACCUCCAGAUGCAUUAAAAACCAGAAUAGGACACACACACACACACAUAUAUACACAUACAUAUCCAUACACGCACACACACAUAUAUACAUACACAUACAUACAUACAUACAGUAGAGUCUCACUUAUCCAAAAUAAAUGGGCUGGCAGAAGUUUUAUGAAUAAGUCUCCUGUUUUAAUAUUGUAUGCUUCAUGUCGAUUUUAUCGAUUGUUUUACUGAUAAUUGAGGUUUUAUUGGUAUAAUUAUUUUACUGUUGUAUCAUUGAUAUUUUAUUGUUUUAUCAGGCUAGGUCCCAUGUAAGCCGCCCCGAGUCCCUUCGGGGAGAUGGGGCGGGGUAUAAAAAUAAAGUUAUUAUUAUUAUUAUUAUUAUUAUUAUUAUUAUUAUUAUUGACACAACGAUGUUGUAUGACACAGCAAACAAGAUAGACAUGCUGGAUUUCGUUUCACAAAACCACAAGUCGAACACUUCCCAAGUGUCUAGGACUGUGUGAUGUAUUAUUAUUAUUAUUAUUAUUAUUAUUAUUAUUAUUAUUAUUAUUAUUAUUAUUUGGAUAAGCGAAUAUUUUGGAUAACAAGGAGAGAUUAAGGAGAAGCCUAUUAAACAUCAAAAUAGGUUAUGAUUUUACAAAUUAAGCACCAAAACAUCAUGUUUUACAACAAAUUUGACAGAAAAAGCAGUUCAAUACGUAGUAAUGUUAUGUUGUAAUUACUGUAUUUAUGAAUUUAGCACCAAAAUAUCACGAUAUAUUGAAAACAUUGACUACAAAAAUGGCUUGGAUAAUCCAGAAACUUGGAUAAGCGAGGCUUGGAUAAGUGAGACUCUACUGUAUAUAUACACAUACACAUACAUAUCCAUAAAUAUACAUACACAUACAUACAUAUUUACACAUACAUACAUACACACACACACACAUACACACACACAUACAUACACACACACACACACACACACCCAUAUAAUGAUACACUCCAUUUAUUUUCCGCUUUAUCUCUCUGGAGGGUCCCAAACACACACACAUAAUAGUAAUACACUUUAUUUAUAUUCCGCUUUAUCUCUCUGGAGGGACUCAGAGCAGAGUAGAAUACACAUAUAAGGCAAUAGAUCUUUCGUUAAACCCUUGUGCCAGCAGGACUGCUGACCUGAAGGUUGGGUUGCUGACCUCAAGAUUACCAGUUCGAAUCCUGCCUAGGGAAAACGUGGAUGAGCUCCCUCUAUCAGCCCCAACUUCCCAUGCGGGGACAUGAGAAAUAACUCCCAUAAGGAUGGUAAAAACAUCAAAACUUUCGGGCAAUGUCCCCUGGGCAACAUCCUUGCAGACGGCCAAUUCUCUCACACCAGAAGCGACUUGCAGUUUCUCAAGUCACUCCUGACAUGAAAAAAAAAAACCUUUCCUGCCGAGGUGGUACCUGUUGAUUUACUCGUAUUACAUGCUUUCGAACUGCUAGGUGGCAGAAGCUAGGGCUAACAGCAGGAGCUCACCCUGACUUGCGGCUUUGAACUGUCAAUCUUCCGGUCAGCAGCCUUUCCUGCAGCUAGUGGUUUAACCCAUUGUGCUACCGCAGCCCAUAUACAUAUACACAUGUAUAUUCAAUAUGUGUAUGUGUGUAUAUAUAUAUAUAUAUGCAUAUAUAUACACACACACAAAUAUAUAUAUAUAUUUACAUAUUUGCAAAUGUGAUUCACAGAUUUGAUUUUAAAUGUUCUCUCCAGAAAUCUCUCGCUCCUCCAGUGCUACUCUACAAUCCACUUCUAACGGAGAAAUACUCAAAUCCCUAGAGAUGCAAAAAGAAAUUCCUUUAUUUGCACUUGAAAAAAAAAAUCUAUGUAUUAUUUUCCCUGCAGAAAUAUAAGGAUUACAAGUGUGCUAUUGGUUCAAAAAAGUAAUUUUCCAAUGCUCGCCUUAUAUCACAAACACGCCUAUUAAAACUUAACUCCUUUCCCAACUAAAAACAA